GCUCAUUGGUACAAGUAGUUUCAGACAUUAGGAACAAAGACAAGUGGAUAUUUAAUUUCACUAAUUAAUUAAGGACUUGAGCCAAGAACUCAUUGCGACGUGAGUGGUCCAUAAUUUUUCUCAUUUACUAUGAGAAAGAAAGAAAAAAAUUUGACUAAAAAAAAAAAAAGAAAAAAAGGAUUUUGUCACAAGGAUGCGAGAGAAGCCUGCGGAAGAGGAUCAGGAAAUGGACGGUCAUGAUUGUUCGGUCGAUGAGUUUGCCGGAACAACCGUCCCGAACUACCGGAAUCCUCCGUUUAGACCGGAAGUUUCACCUUCUCGGCUAUUAACAGAGAAUGUGAGGAAUGGAUAUUCCAAGUAUUUACCUCUAUCACAAGCAAUAAGCCAUGGAAACUUGGAGAGUGUAAGAGACUUCCUAGACAACAAUCCAGACGCUUUGACUUCAUGGAUAGACACCCUAGAGACACCAUUGCUCAAAGCUUGUAGUUGUGGACAACUAGAAAUCGUCAAGGAGCUAUUACAACGAAUGACAUCUGAACAAAUGUUGAUACCAACGGAAAUGGAAUCCCAUUCCCCCCUCACACCUCUUUUAAUCGCUGCUAUGACCGGGAAUUUGGGUAUUGCAGAGGCCUUAGUCGAAAAAUGCCCUAAGUUAACUGAGAUUCCAAGCCGAUUAGGGCGUGUUAUACCCGUUAUUAGGGCUGCUAAUGCAGGACACAAGGAAAUGACUCGCUUUCUUUAUUAUAGAACCUCUCUUUCCUUUUUACUCUCGGGUAAAGGAUUUUGGGCUAUCAAUCUCUCUCACUAUGCCAUAUUCAAUGGAAUUCUCGAUAUUGCCUCACACAUCUUUGAAGUCCGUCCACGUCUGGUGGUGACUCAACAUCGACGUCUAGAAUCAACACCGCUAGGUCUUUUGGCAUCAAAGCCUGACUUAUUUGGAAGCGGCUACAAUCUUUCAUUUUGGCAAGGCCUGAUCUACUCAUGUAUAGAAGUAAACCUACCAACUGAUCCAAAGACUUCACUUUCAAACCCACAUCUAAGAAUCGAAGGGAUAUAUGAACAAAAGGAAAAUCAUUGUUAUGCUCAAAGCUUUCUACAAGGAAUGUUCAGAGAAGUCUCCAUUAUGGACAAAGAUGAUAGUUGGACUAAUGCAGUCCACGAAGCAAUUAUACGAGCCGUGAGUCACGGAAACAAGUUGUUUAUUGUCGAGAUGAUCAAAUCAAACCCUGAACUUCUCAUGACCAAUUAUGGCGAAUCUAAGAGAAACAUCUUCCAACUCGCUGUUGAGUUUAGGAAAGAGAAGAUAUUUGAUCUCAUCUAUGGCUUGGAUGAUAGGAAGAACAUGUUGAUAUCAUGGUACGAUCAUAAAUGCAAUUGGAUUCUUCAUAUUGCCGGAGAGAUAUCCCCGCUUGAUGAACUCUCUAAAGUCGCGGGUCCUGCUCUUCAAAUGCAAAGAGAACUCCAAUGGUUCAAGGAAAUAGAGAGCAUGGUACCAGAUAAUGAAUUGGCUAGGAAAAACAAAAAUGGCCAAAUGCCGCGUGAAAUAUUUGAAAACUCUCAUAGAGAGAUGCGAGUCGAAGGGGAGAAGUGGAUGAAAGAGACUGCGGCUGCAAAUAGCUUUGUCGCGGCUCUCAUUGCAACAGUCACCUUCCAAGCCAUCUUCACUGUUCCCGGAGGCACCAAUGACACCUCCGGAGACCCUCUCCAUAUCCGAGAAGACCGUUUUAUGGUUUUUAUUAUCGCAGAUACCCUCUCUUUUUUUGCAUCUUGCACUUCUGUUCUCAUAUUCCUCAGCAUUCUCACUGCUCGAUACUCUUUCGAUGAUUUCCUUAUGUCAUUGCCCAAAAGGUUGAUAUGGGGUUUAUGCACUCUUUUCAUCUCUACUGCAGCCUUGUUAGUAGCAUUCACAACUGCACUUUUCACGUCGCUAUACAGUAUGCCAUUGCUUGUAAUCCCGGCUAUGCCACUCACUUUCCUCCCAGCUGUACUCUUUCUGCUAUUGCAAUUUCCUCUUCUCAAGACGAUGAUCUCUUCCACAUAUGGAAAAGGACUCUUCAAUCGUGACACCACACGUUGGUUCUAAACCAAUAUUGUUUAAUAUGGUAAUUAAUACCUCUUUAAUGA